CCAUGGUUGUUGAUAGUCUUGAAGAGAAGCUCGCGCGUGCGAGUGAGGUACGGAUCGAGCUUUACCGCGUUUACACGCACCAUCCUUAUUACAAAUAAAUGUGUAUACAUUAUACUAUAUUUGUAAACGUGUACUUUCAACUUUCUUUACAAUAGCGAUCAAUUAAUUCACUUAGUGCUCAUUUAUAUACCACGCGGUGUUCAUUUACAUUUGACACAUUAAAUGGACUAUGAUUGAGAAAAUCUAAAGAAGUUAAUUGGAUUUCGUUUUCACCAUAAUUUUUCAAUUAUAAAUAACUAUGGCUCCGACAGUAUGCUUACCGGAAUUGUCAGUUGUAAGAAGUACAGAAAACCUUUAUACGCGCCGACGACAAAGGAUGUGUCGUGUUAUCAAAGGAAAACAACCGAAACUGGAAUUAAAGCGAUUAACCAAUGUCAUAGACUCCGACGUUGAAAAAUCUAUAACAUCUUCGCCCAUAAAGAAUUCUUCGUUUGAAGAUAAUAAUUCUCACGAGUCCGUUGACAUAAAUAUUUCAUCAUCGAACGUUUCAACAAAAAUUUCAGAAAAGUUUAUGGAACGUUGUGAUGUAAUACUUCCCAGACGUGAAGGUUUAUUUAAUAUCGUUGUACGUACGUUGGCUCUUGUACGACGAAAUCGUAUUCUUCAGGAACGAGUUAAUGCUUUACGUGCAGAGACACAUGAUUUUAUUCGAUCGGUAUUAAAUAAUCCACAAAAUAAGUGCAGACAACAAGAAGAUAUGAUAACAACGACAAGUCGUUGCAAAGAUGCGAUAGUUUCGUCCUCUACCGAAAGAAUUGUCUUGAAGCCAACGUUAUCGCAUGCCCCAGAUACAAGGAAUUCUUCACCAGAUAUUGUUACGUCCACGUGUCAGAGUCCCUGGGAAAACGAGGAUUAAUUUAAUCUUCAUGCGAAGAGUUCUAUGAAUAUUAUUUCACAUUAUUUAACGCUUAUUUUUUUAUUGAAGAUAAUAAAAAGAAGGAGGUUAGGAGUAUUUAUUGAUUAAUUAUGCACACGUCGUCCAAUAGAAACGCAAUUAAAAAAAAAAAAGAAAAGAAAGAAAAAAAAAGAAAGAAAAUGUUUUCUUUUCGUCUUUAAUUAAAAGUCAUAAUUAUUAUCAUGUUUGUUAUUAUAUCUUGUGACACUAGCAGCUUAAAUAUUUUCUUUUGCUGAAAUUUAUUCGAUUGAAAAUAUCGAUAUAUACUUAGUAUUAAUAUUGUAUUAAAGAUUUUUUUUUUUUUUAUAGAUAUUUUGCAAGUAGAAAUGAUAUUUAUUUAUUAUGCAAAUAUGGGUGAAAUAUAUUUCAACGCGUGUAUAUCAUCAUCAAAUCAAAAAGUAAUGCUUUAAUACUUCGUAUAUGUAUUACUUUGUUUAAUGAUUCAUUGAUAUAAUUUAUAGUAUUUGAUAAUAAUGAUAUGGUAUUGAAAAGUAGUAUUGAGAGAAAUAUGUGAUAAUAAGACUUUUUUUGUAUUUCUUAUUUGUCAAUCAAAUUGAAUAUAAAUUUUAUACCUAAUAUGUAUACGCUGUCCCCUAUAAUUAUAGUAGUAUCAAUCGAUAUGAUUCACUUUUCCUUAUGCUAUAUUCAAUUUGAAUACUCUUUAAAAAGAUACAUAUAAAUAAACGUAAGUUUUGAUGGUUUGUAAAAUAAUGUGAUAGUAAGAAUAUAGCUCGUUGAUAUAUGACAAUUUUUAAUAUUUUUUAUUGUCAUAUAAUGUCUUCUUAGUGUAGUGCUAAUUAGUCUCAUUAAUUUAUAAAGCUUUAACUUUGACAUAUUAUGAACUUUAGAACUCUACUUUUAUAUAUAUAUAUAUAUAGAUAUAUAUAUACUGUGUCUUUUUAUAACACAUUUUACAGACUCGCAGCAAUAAAAAUAGAAUAUAAUGGAUGAAAAACUCUGUGUAAAUUAUAUUUUCUCAUACAUUCACAAUCUUCUUUAACUUUUUUUUUACAUAAGGGAAAUCUAAAAACCCAAAGACCUUCUCAAAUCUUCUUUUAAUUCGUAAAAUUGGCAAGAAAUUGAAAAAUUUAAUUUACUUAUAAAAUAGUAAAUAUAGAUAAAUAUAAAAUAUGAGAAUUGUUUAUAUAUAUAUAUAUAUAUAUAUAUAUAUAUAUAUAUAUAUACACAUACAUAUAUAUAUAUAUACACACACUUACAUUGUAUAUUUGACAACAGUUGAAAUAAUAUCUGAAAAUGAUUUUUGAUUAAUAGGAUACAUCGUUUAAGAUAUAAUUUUAUCAUUUGUUUUUAUUAACUUGCAAAAUUAUCUUAUUUUUCUACUCAUGCACAGAUAAAAUAUAUAAAUAAAAAUGUAAAUAAAUGUUAAACAUAAGUUUAUGAUCGAGGCUUCUAAUCACGCGUGUGAAUUUCAACUUUGGGUUAUGCCAAUGAAUCGUUAUUGCUUUUUUUUUUCUUUUCUUUCUUUUUUUUAUUAACCUUCCGUUACUCGUAUAGGAUAUCAUUUUAAUAUACAUGUUUUUAAUGAUUUUACAAAGCUUUUAUAAAUAUUUAUCAAAUGAUAGCAGUACAUUCAAUUAUUACAUUUUUUGCAGUAACGUCUUGUUGACCCAAGUGUGUUAAUUAUUUUCUAACUAGAGCUUAAAAAACACGUGGAAUGUUACUGAGAGAUAUUGAAAGGCAGAUACGUAGUUCCAAUCGAUAGAAUGUUAUAAAUAUGAGUCUAUUAUAUAUAGAAUAUACCUGAUGCGAGUAACGAAGGGAUAAAUUGACUAUCUUCUGCAGCGCAUUAUCAUGGAAACAUAAAUCCAUAGCACAGUGUAAAUAUUUCAUAUUAGAACAGAGAAUAAACCUACCAUUAGAAUAAUGAAUGAAUAUAACAAUAAAGAGUAUUGUCAAAUGUAAACAUAUAUAUAAUUUAUGACGUUUUUUUCGACGACUCUUUCUUCUCAACAGUAACUUAAUUUGAACAUGAUGUUAAAAGGGUGACAUAUAGAGAAAUAUGCGUAGAUAGUAUACACAUAUAUAUAUAUAUA